UAAGGAAUUCCAAUGAAGUAGUGUAAAGUGGAAAUGGCUAAGCUGUACUUGCUUCUUGCAAUAUUACUUCCUGUUGCUUUUGUUCUUGUUCAUGGCCAGGACCAACAAGGUUUUAUUAGCAUAGAUUGUGGUGCUUCAAACGACUAUACAGAUGAUAUAACAGGCAUCAGCUACAGUACAGACGAUAAAUUCAUCGAAACUGGUGUGAGCAGGAUUAUAUCUCCUGAAUUCAAUACAAGAAUUCUUUAUAAGAGAUUCUCAAACGUACGAAGCUUCCCGGAAGGCACCAAAAAUUGUUACACCCUUAGACCGAUUCAAGGAAGAAACCAUAGCUAUUUGAUCCGAGCAAGUUUCAUGUAUGGAAACUACGACGCGAAAAGCCAGCCUCCAGAAUUUGACCUGUAUCUGGGAGUUAACAAAUGGAAUUCAGUGAAACUUGAGGAUGCAUUUAGUCUCACAUCUUUUGAAAUAAUUCAUGUGCUUCAAUCAGACUAUAUACAUGUUUGUUUGGUCAACACUGCCUCUGGUACACCUUUCAUAUCGGCUUUAGAAUUGAGGCUCCUCAACAAUGGCAGUUAUGUCACUCAAUCUGGGUCUUUGGAACUCUUUGUAAGGGCAGACUGUGGUUUGUCACCUAGCGAAUUACUGAGAUACCCAGAUGACAGUUUGGAUCGCAUAUGGGAACCCUUGAACGACGAUGCUUGGGAAGUUUUAAAUACCUCAUUACCCGUUACACCUAAUAGAUAUGAACCACCACCGAUUGUAUUGACCACCGCUGUGACCCCGAAGAACGCUAACGAUUCUGGUUUGAAAUUACCCUGGUCAUCUGAGCAUAACGUGUCGAAUGACUUUUACUUCUACUUGCAUUUCACUGAGAUUGUCAAGGAUCUCCAAAUUGAGAACCAAACCAGAACAAUGAACAUAUUUUUAAAUAAUAAGCUUUGGUAUGGUCCAUUUUUUCCUGAUUACUUGAGCGCAUUCACAGUAUAUAGCACUUCACCUGAGACCGGAUCAUAUUUUGAGUUUUGGAUUAAUAAAACAGAGAAUUCUACACUUCCACCAGUUAUCAGUGCCAUUGAGGUUUAUACGGUGAAGCAGCUUGUACUCUCACAAACAGACCAAAAUGAUGUUGAUGCUAUAAUGAAUAUAAAGUUCUUUUAUGGACUGAAGAUUAGAGACUGGCAAGGAGAUCCUUGUGCCCCUACUACAUGGAAUGGUGUCAAUUGCAGCUACAGUGGUUUUGACCCACCUAGAAUCAUCUCCUUGAACUUGUCCUCAAGUGGAUUGACUAAGAGCAUAGCUCCUUACAUAUCCGACCUCAUAUUGUUACAGAUUUUGGAUUUGUCAAACAAUAAUUUAACAGGGAUGGUUCCUGAUUUUCUGUCUCAGAUGCCUGACCUGAGGAUUCUAAACCUGCAACACAACAACCUCUCUGGGACACUUCCAUCAGGACUCUAUGAAAAAUCAAAGAAUGAAGCAAUUUUUUUGAGUGUGGAUGAAAAUCCAAAUCUAUGUUCGACAAAUCCAUGUGAUGAGAAGAAAGACAAGAAAAGCGACAACUCUAUUGUCAUUCCGGUUGCAACUUCAGUUGGUGGAUUUCUGGUUGUCCUACUCAUUUCAGUGGCUGUCUUCUGUGGCCUUAAAAGGAGAAAACAAGCUGCGGUACCCAAUCUUACAACAGUGAAUGUUGAGUUUAAUAUUAAAAAAGAUGAGGAAUCAGAAGAGAUAAAGAAACAGCAAUUCACAUACUCACAAGUCCUUGGAAUUACUAAGAACUUCGAGCGUGUCAUCGGGAAAGGAGGAUUUGGAACAGUUUACCAUGGCUACUUAAACAACAGUGAGGUUGCUGUCAAGAUGCUCUCUCGUUCAUCAGCUCAAGGGUUCAAGGAAUUCCAUGCAGAGGCCAAACUUCUUACAAGAGUUUAUCAUAGAAACCUGACAUCUCUUGUUGGAUAUUGCGAUGAAGGCCCUAACAUGGGGCUUAUCUAUGAAUACAUGUCUAAUGGAGACUUAGCAUGGCAUCUAUCAGAUAGAAAUCCCCAUCCCCUGAGUUGGGAAGAGAGACUCAAAAUAUCAAUUGAUGCAGCACAAGGACUGGAAUAUUUGCACAAUGGAUGUAAACCACCCAUGAUCCACAGAGAUGUGAAGACCACAAACAUCUUGCUGAAUGAAAAGUUGCAGGCGAAAUUGGCUGAUUUUGGGCUCUCUAGAGCCUUUCCUACCGAUGGUGAUUCUCAUGUGUCAACUGUAGUGGUUGGAACACCAGGCUAUCUUGACCCUGAGUACUAUAUUUCAAACAGACUGACUGAGAAAAGUGAUGUUUUUAGUUUUGGGGUAGUUCUAUUGGAGACAAUCACAGGUCGACGUGCCAUUGACAAAAAUGCAAAGAACAAAGAUCAGAAAGGUCAUAUUAUCGAAUGGGUUAACCUCAUCCUUUCCAGAGGAGACAUAUAUAAUAUGGUAGAUCCUAGACUAGACCAAGAGUUUGACAAAAACUCUGUUUGGAGAGCAGUAGACGUGGCAAUGGCUUGUGCAUCUCCAACUUCGAUUAGAAGGCUGACCAUGACUCAAGUAGUGAUGGAAUUAAAGCAAUGCUUGGCAAUGGAGAUGGGUAGGACUGUGGGUAGCAAUGUGACCGAGUCAAGUGAGUUACCUGAAAUGUUUAGACGUACCCAAAGGGUUCCCCAGUCAAGGUAACGGUUUGCAGGAGCUUCUUCUGCUUCAUUUGAUGAAAAAUGCAAAUCAUAUGUAAAAACUAUUUUGGAUCUGUGCUAGCUCACAAUUGAAGAGAGCUUUUCUUUUUGCAAAUUUUACUCUGUAUUCUGUGUUUUUAGUAUGCUCAAAUACUGUACAAGUUUGAUGUGCUUGCCCAACCAG